AUGGACGCAGAAUCAAGAUGCGCAGUCAAAAUUGGUCACGGGAAAUCAGAAGAAUUCCAAACAACAACAGGAUUAAAACAAGGUGACGCACUGUCACCAAUACUAUUUAACAUAGUACUAGAGAUGGCAAUAAGGGAAGUACAAGAAGAAUACCUAUUAAUUAACUGCGGCCAAAACCUUCCAUUACUCGCAUAUGCCGACGACGUGGUAAUAUUAGGCGAAAGCGAGCAGGACAUCAAUAAAGCAACGGAAUUACUGAUACGAAGCGCAAACAAACGGGGACUCAGCAUUAACGAGACUAAACAAAAUACAUGCGAGUCGGUAGAAACAUAG